AUAAUUAUGUAUUCUGUAGACAGGGUUUAUAAUCAUUAUUAUGCUGGUUUGACUGGGCGAAUGCAGUUUACUAAUCUUGAUCCCAGAUCUGGUGAUGGUUCAUUGGAUAUCCUGAAUUUAAAGGCAGCAGACACUGGCACAUAUCAGUGCAAAGUGAAGAAGGCUCCUGGAGUUCAAAGCAAAAAAAUACAGUUGACUGUAUUUGUAAAGCCAGCACGGACUAAAUGUUCCAUUGAAGGAUCACAGGAGAUCGGAAAAGACGUUACCUUGAAAUGUGUGUCACAAGAAGGAUCCCCACUUUUGUCUUAUGACUGGAGGAGAGUCUCUGGCACACAGAACCUUCCUGCCACUUCUGUGCUGAAUAAAAAUACAGGGGAACUUCUUCUGAAAAACGCCUCUCGAGAGUAUUCUGGUACAUACAACUGUGUGGCCUCAAACAGAGUUGGCACAGAUGAAUGUUCUGUUGAGCUGAAUGUCACCCCUCCCAUAAAUACAGCUGGUAUAAUUAUUGGAGCUAUUAUAGGAACUCUGCUGGGUCUCUCUGUGCUGUGUUCUAUCAUCUUCUGUUUGUGUAAGAAGCACAGAGAGAAGAAAUAUGAGAAAGAAGUACAUCAUGAUAUCAGAGAAGAUGUUCCACCUCCAAAAAGUCGCAGCUCUACAGCUCGCAGCUACAUCGGCAGCAAUCGUUCUUCCCUGGGCUCAAUGUCUCCCUCCAACAUGGAAGGAUAUACCAAAACUCCAUAUAGCCAAGUCCCAAGUGAAGACUUUGAACGUGCUCCUGCUCAAACCCCAGCCUUUGCACCUUCAAAGGUAGCUGCACCUAAUUUAAGUAGAAUGGGAGCUGUUCCUGUGAUGAUUCCAGCACAAAGCAAAGAUGGGUCGAUAGUAUAA